GCUCACACUUUGACUUCGCGCGUAUGCCCUGAGCUUUUCCGUAAGAUGCAAUGCUCGCGUCGGCACAUCUCCCAAUAUUGGGGCAACGACAGACUGCUUGCUGGUGACGCUCUAGGAUUCACUCACGAGAGAAUACCGAACGUUGCUCCCGUGGGCUGAAGUGUUCGCGCCCAAGCUGCUACGCUCUGAACAAGACUGUAAGUAUACGUCUGCACCCGGGCAUCAGAGCGCACGUCCACAUCUCCGUCCACAGCACGAGUUCGGAUCCGCUCAAGACCGGUCCGACACCCGCCGCGACAAGCCCGUCGAACGCUUCUUCCUGCAGAGGUUCCUGGAGUCGUUGGAUGAGGCGAAGGAGUAGUUGAAAGUAGACGAUGUCCUAUUGGAGACGUUAGAGAAGGACACCCUCGGGCGGUAUUACAAUGUCAACGUUAACAAGGAACCCUUGAUGGCACGGCAGAUGGCUGAGUACCGAUCCGUCUCGCAGCAAUAGGACUGAUGCAAAUUUCUUUGGCACUAGUUGAACUUGUCAAGUCUAUCGUGUGCUUGUCGUUGUAGACUUACUUGGCCGGGAUUCGGGAAGGUGUUACAUGAGGAUGCUGCUGCUUCGUUAGAGUGGGCAGCGCGUCCACAUUUAGAAGGCAGCGGUACUUGUGAAUCCCAGAGAUGCCUUGCACCAUCGUUCGAACCUUGGGAAGGCUAUGGGAAUUCGAGAAUCAGGAUGGGACAACCCAUGUUGGGCUUGCCAGAAGCGGGGUCGAAGACCGACGGAAGGACCAGACAGGCCACACUAUUGUGUCUGCGAUGGAGACCAGUAUAAAGGCAGGGGCACCUAGGAUGGAAGAGGAGCAUUACAUUGUAAAGCUUCUACACACCGCUUCACUAUCACACACCCACAACAAUGGUCAAAGUCGCAAUCGCAGGAGGCACCGGUGGCAUCGGCCUCCACAUCGUCGAGGGCAUCGUCGAGGCCGGCAAGCACGACGUCAUCGUCCUCUCCCGCCGCGCGAGCCACCCCGUCCUCGACAAACUCGGCGUGCCCAUCGUCACCGUCUCGUACGACGACCCCGCCGCGCUCGUCAAGGCUCUCGACGGCGUGCACACCGUCAUCUCGACCAUCGCCGGCGCCGGUGCGGACGCCUUCACGGACGCGCAGCUCGCACUGCUCGACGCGGCCGUCAAAGCGGGUGUGACGCGCUUCGCGCCGAGCGAGUUCGCCGUGCGCUCAACCGCCAACCACCCCAUCGAGGUUUACCGAGCCAAGUGGCCCGUAACGGAGGCGGUGAAGAAGAGUGGGCUCGAGUACACGAUCUACGAGGUCGGCAUGUUCAUGAACUACCUUGCCGCCGGCACGCCGGGUCUUGGGCACCUGGGCCCGUUCGCGUUCAUAUUCGACGUCGAGCAUCGCAAGGCGACGAUCCCCGGGGACGGCUCUGCGUACUUUGUGCAGACGCGGGCGGAGGACAUUGGGAAGUUCGUCGCGGCGAGCUUGGACUUGGAGAAGUGGCCUGAGUUCAGCCAAAUCAGGGGAGACAGGAGGAAGCUGAGUGAGAUUGUGCAGUUGGCCGAGCAGGUCCGAGGCCAGAAAUUCGAUGUGACGUACUUAUCUGAGGAGCAGCUACUGGAGACGAUCAACUCGAGCAUCCCAGGAAAGCUCAAACACCCCAACGAGAGACUCGCUGCGUUUGACAUGGAGAAGAUUAUGGCCCAUUGGUUUUUGGAGACCUUGAGGAGCAAUCCGAUAGGGUAUGAGGGCAAGAACAUUAAUGAGCUUUGCCCCCAGGUGCAGCCCAUGGGAGUUCCCGAGUUUCUGCAGCAGUGGUGGGGAAAGAAGUAGUAGUCUCUGCACACCAAUUCAAACUCCGUUUGUUAUGUGGCUUACAGUGUUGAUAACGGGGCCGAAAUGUCUGGAACCGAGACUAACGUCAAAUCACCUCUACCUGCUCAUGUACUACUAAGUCUUACUAGCAAUGAAA